AUGAACUAUUUAGGCUUAACAGCUUGCUUUGUAACAGGUGAUUAUGAAUUAUAUACAUUUGAUUUAUGCUGCUCACCAUAUAAUGAAGUUGAUAAAACCGGCGAAUCUGUAUUACAAGCUAUACGAAAACAAUUAGAUUUAUUUGGUUUAUUAAUAUAUAUGGAUAAUUAUAAAUUAACUUUUACAAGUGAUCGAGGUUCAAAUAUGUUGAAAGCUUUAAAAACUCGUCAGAUACCAGUGCAUCUGAAGAUGACGGCAACACCAUCCUCGUCAAAAUACGUUGAAGCAAAUACAUUAUUAUCGGAAUUAGCAUCAAAACCAAAAGAAGUUUUGAACACGAUUACAACAAAUAAAAAACUAGUGAAAUACGUUGGAUUAAAUAAAGAUAUUGAAGAUCGUGGUGGUGUUGCUUUGAAGCAAGAAUCCGUUAUAAGAUGGAUUUCUUUAUCAAACAUGUUAGAAUCUAUUGAUGCUUCAAUAGAACUUAUACGAACAAUAUUGUUAUCCAAAUCAUCAAAUAAUCAACUUUCUUUUAAAUUAAAUAAUAUAAAUGUUGAUGUAUUAAAAGAUUUAAUAAUUUUAUUAAAAAGAGUUUAA